AGGACUCGGGGCAACUUCCGGAUACUGGGACUCCGCCCUCUGGCUCCCGGAAGUAGAAGGUCCUAGCGUUGCUAUGGCGGCGUCUCUGGGGCAGGUCCUUGCUCUGGUGCUGGUGGCUGCUCUGUGGGGUGUCACGCAGCCACUGUUGAAGCGGGCCUCCGCCGGCCUGCAGCAAGUGCAUGAACAGACGUGGGUCCGGCAGCUGUGGCAGGAGAUGAAGACUCUCUUCUUGAAUAUUGAGUACCUGAUGCCCUUUCUCCUCAACCAAAGUGGCUCCCUUCUCUACUACUUGACCUUGGCAUCAACAGAUUUGACUUUAGCUGUGCCCGUCUGUAACUCUCUGGCCAUCAUCUUCACACUGAUUGUUGGGAAGGUCCUUGGAGAAGAUGUUGGUGGAAAACAAGCAGUGGCUGGCCUGGUGCUCACCAUCAUAGGGAUCGCACUUUGCAUCACAAGCUCAGUGACCAAGACCCAGGACCAGCUGUCAUCCUCCUGAGUGGGCCAACCCGACCUUCAGUUAGGCUGUGCUCAGCCGACCCGGCACUGAGGUGAAGGCAGACUGAUACACCAGCUUGCCUGUCUGAGCUUGCCAUCUCAUCUCCUCCAUCAUAUCUACCUCAGGAUCACAAUAAGAAUAGCAUGGUUGCCGGGCAGGCAGAUCUCUGAGUUUGAGGCCAGCCCGGUCUACAGAGUGAGUUCUAGGACAGUCUCCAAAGCUACAGAAAGAAACCCUGCUCAAAAACCAAAAAAAAAUUAAUAAUAAUAAUAGCAUGGUCCAGAGCUCAAGGACAACCAGGGCUACACAGAGAAACCCUGCUUCAUAAAAACCAAAAAAAGAACAGCCCUGGGGAGGUUUUGUAACCUUCGGUGGGUUCAGCUGUUGUUGAGAUUUAACAUGAGAGCCAGGAUUGGUGGUGCACACCUUUAAUCCCAGCACUCAGGAGGCAGAGGCAGGGGGAUCACUGAGUUGCAGGCCAGCCUGGGCUACACAGAGAAACCUUGCAUUCUUGCAUUAGAGAGAGAGAUUGAUUUCGUACUGGAGACUACACCCAGGGCCAGCAAGCCAGGCUCUAGACAUGGGACUGGGACGGGAUGACUGUGUCUCUGAACAAGGUUUGUGUCUGGAGGCCUCCACAGUCCCAUUACAAUGCCUUGGCUCAGUCACGGUGGAAUUCAGGGAGAAUGGUUACAUCAGAAUGACGGAUGGAAGAAUGAGCUGGCCCUGGGCAAAAUGCUCAACUGCCAGACCCUCAAGUAAGGAGGCAGCUGUGAGCAGAGCAGCGCCUAUCUGCAGCACACACCUGGCCAGCAGCAGCUUUCAAUAAAUCUGCG